AUGAUGAAGCUUCCUUAAAGUUAUAGAGAUCCAAAGAUCUUCAAUAAUAAAUAUAUUAUUAAACAAUAGAUAUCCUCUGGAUCAUUUGGUAUAGUGUAUUUAGCAUUCGAUAAACAUACAAGAGAAGAAGUUGCUGUAAAAGUAGAAAAGGAAGAAAAUGAAGAUGCAAGUUCUUUAGACAGGGAAAUUGCUAUUCUAAAUCGUCUUAUUGGUGUGCCUGGAGUUCCUAAAUUAUAUUGGAGUGGUUUUGAAUAAGAUUAUAAUGUUAUUGUCAUUCAACUACUAGGAAAGGAUCUUAGUCAUUAUAUUAAACAAUAUAAGAAAUUGAGUCUCAAAACUGUAUUGCAAAUUACUCACUAAUUAUUGAUUACUUUACAAUAAGUUCAUGAAAAAGGGGUUAUUCAUAGAGAUUUCAAACCUGAAAACAUACUUACAGGAUAUCAAUUAGAUAAUGGAAUAAUUUAUUUGGUUGAUUAUGGAGUAUCUAAAGUCUAUAUAGAUAAUUAAGGAAAACAUAUGUAUAAUUUAAAAAUCUAUUUAUAUAUUUUAGUCCAUCUAAAGAUAAAAAGUCUUUUAUAGGUACAACCAGAUAUGCUUCAAUUGCUGCCCAUCGAGGUCAUGAGUUAGGUAGAAAGGAUGAUGUUGAGUCCAUGUUCUAUGUGAUGAUUUAUCUCUUAAAAGGGUAGAGUGAACUUUUCAUAUUAUAGCAAAUUGCCUUGGUAAAAUUUACAAAAUAUUGGACAUAGAGACAGAACUUCAUUAGUUGGAGAAGUUAAAAUGAAAACUGAUAUUGCAGAACUUUGUAAAGAAAUUCCUUCUGAAUUUGCUGAAAUUCUGAAGUAACAGCCUACUAAAACAUAGUUAUCUAAAAAAAUUAGAAUUUAAAUCAGAGCCCGACUAUAAGUAUAUGAAAUCUCUCAUUCUUAAAGCUGCAUCCAAUAACCAAAUUAUUAUGGAUAAGGUUUUUGAAUGGUCUGAUCGUUCUACCAAAAUUAAAGAUUAAAUUAUAUGGGCUGUCUCUGAAGAUAAACAUAAACAAUCUUCUUAAGCUAUCUUAGGUUCAAAUCAUUUGUUAAAGCCUCCUGAAGUAAAUAGAUAAAAUGGUGGAAGUCCUGUUAGAGCUGAAUCUAAAAGAAUGACUAGUACAUCAAUUUAGGGAUCUAUGUCAUCUAUGAUUAUUAAAUAUGUGCCUUCUUAGGUUGAGAAUACAAGUAUUAAAGAUGAGAAAAGGUCUAGGAGUAAAAAAAGUAGGAAAAGCAAGAAAAGUGCCAAAUCUUCAAAAAGAUAAUCAGUAGGUUUUCAUAGUGGAAUAUAAAUAAUUGAGCCUAAGGAUUAAUAUAGAGUAACAUUAAUGAACCUUAUUCUCAGCGCUAUAAAACCAUUGAUUCUACUUGGGGGUUUCAUUAAUAUAUGGAUGAAUUUAGUGGAGAUGAAGAUUCUUAGAAAUUGUCUACAAAGUAUCAAUAAUUGUAAGGAAUGCCAGUCCAUUUUAAAAAUAUUCAUAAACCUACUUCAAAAUCAUGA